GUGACUCUAAGCCUGCAGUUCCCAAAGUAAUUCAGGAUGAGGUAUUUGAUCUUACUAGAAAGAUGAAGAGGAGUGAUGUUUCUGAGGAGGAGGAGCCGUCCAGAUCCAGAACCAGAACUAGAACCAGAGCUGGACUGCAAAUAGCCAGUCAGAGCAGCUCUGUACAAAUGAAUGUUGGCCGUCAGAAACAUAAGAUCAGGAUGAAGGGGACAUUUGAACAUGUGACUGAAGGAGCUGAAACAGGAAGUAGAUCCCUCCUCAACAGGAUCUACACUGCCCUCUACCACAGAGAGGGACAGAGUGAAGAGGUUAAUACCCAGCAUGAGGUGAGGCAGCUCGAGACAGUUUCCAAGUUGAAGACUCUACAUGACUCGCCAGUCAAGUGCUGUGACAUCUUUAAAGCCUUACCUGACCAACUGAAACACAUCAGAGUCGUUCUGACUAACGGUGUCGCUGGCGUUGGAAAAACCUUCUUAGUGCAGAAGUUCUGUCUGGACUGGGCAGAGGGUUUGGACAACCAAGAUAUCAGCCUGGUGAUCCCGCUGUCGUUCAGGGAGCUGAACUUGAUCAAAGAUGAGCAGUACAGUCUUCUAGAGCUGCUCCGUGUUUUCCAUCCAACAUUACAGGAGGUCACAGCAGAUCAACUCGCUGGCUGUAAAGUUCUCUUCAUCUUUGACGGCCUGGAUGAAAGCAGACUUUCACUGGAUUUCAACAAACUUGAGGUUGUUUCUGAUGUCACACAGAAGUCAUCAGUCAAUAUGCUUUUAACAAACCUCAUCAAGGGGAAUCUGCUUUCCUCGGCCCUCAUCUGGAUAACUUCCCGACCUGCAGCAGCCAAUCAGAUCCCUCCUGCAUGUGUUGACAGGUUAACAGAAGUACAAGGCUUCACUGAUGCCCAGAAGGAGGAGUACUUCAGGAAGAGAGUCAGUGAUGAAGAGCUGUCCAGCCGAAUCAUCUCACACAUCAAGACAUCCAGGAGCCUCCACAACAUGUGUCUUCUCCCAGUCUUCUGCUGGAUCACUGCUACAGUUCUGGACCACAUAUUGACUACCGAACAGAGAGGAGAGCUGCCCAAGACCCUGACUGACAUGUACUCACACUUCCUGCUGGUUCAGACACGGAGGAAGAAGCACAAGUAUGCUGAGGGACAUGAGACGAGUCCACAGGAGCUGACGGAGGCUGACAGGGAAGUUCUUCUGAAGAUGGGUAGGCUGGCGUUUGAACAGCUGCAGAAAGGAAACAUCAUGUUCUACCAAGAAGACCUGGAGCAGUGUGGUCUGGAUGUCAGAGAGGCAUCGGUGUACUCAGGAGUCUGUACACAGAUCUUCAAAAGAGAGAGUGUGAUCUUUCAGAAAACAGUCUACUGCUUCGUUCAUCUGAGUGUUCAGGAGUUUCUGGCUGCAGUCUAUUUCUACCACUGUUACACCAACAGGAACACAAAGGUACUGGAGGACUUCCUGGGAGCAGACUUGGAUAAAUACCCAUCGCUGGAGCUGAGGGACAGUGAUGGCAAUGUUCAUGAUUACAGAACCCUAGAUGUCUUCUUGCAGAGAGCCAUGAAGAAAUCCCUGAAGAGUAAAAAUGGCCACCUGGACCUGUUUGUCCGCUUCCUCCAUGGACUCUCUCUUGAGUCCAACCAGAGACUCUUAGGAGGUCUUCUGGGUCAGACAGACAACAGUCCAGAAAUUACCCAGAGAGCCAUCAAUAACCUGAAGAAGAUCAACAUGGAAAAGAGCUCUCCUGACAGAAGCAUCAACAUCUUCCACUGUCUGACGGAGAUGAACGACCACUCAGUCCAUCAGGAGAUUCAAGAGUUCCUGAAGUCAGAGAACAGAUCAAAAAAGAUACUUUCUGAGAUCCAGUGCUCAGCUCUGGCCUACAUACUGCAGACGUCAGAGGAUGUUCUGGAUGAGUUGAACCUGAAUAAAUACAAAACAAGAGUGGAGGGACGUCGGAGACUAAUUCCAGCUGUGAGGAACUGCAGAAACGCUAUACUUUCUAGCUGCAGAAUCUCAGAGACUCACUGUGAAAGUGUGGCCUCAGCUCUGAAGGUCAACCCCUCCCAUUUGAGAAAGCUGGACCUGAGUGACAAUGACCUGUAUGGUCCAGCAGUGGAGCUUCUGUCUGAUGGACUGAGGAGUCCAAACUGUAGACUGGAGACGUUGAGAUUACAUGACUGCAGUUUGUCAGAGAAGAGCUGUGCUUCUCUGGCCUCAGCUCUGAAGUCCAACCCCUCCCAUCUGAGGGAGCUGGACCUGAGUUACAACAAACUGGAGGAUUCAGGAGUGAAGCUGCUUUGUGGUUUUCUGGAGAGCCCAAACUGUAGACUGGAGACUCUAAGAUUGAGUGGCUGCAGUUUGUCAGAGAUCAGCUGUGCUUCUCUGGACUCAGCUCUGAAGACCAACCCCUCCCAUCUGAGAGAGCUGGACCUGAGUGACAACGAGCUACCGGAUUCAGGAUUAAAGCUGCUCUCUAAUCAUGUGGAGAGAACACACUGUAGACUGAUUCUGAGGAUCGAUGACAUGUUGAUCACAGUUGAGAAACAAAAGAAAUGUCCAAGAGGGGAAACUCUACGGGGAACUGUCCCAGCAGAGGAGAGUGUCCCAGCAGAGGAGAGUGUCCCAACAGAGGAGAGCGUCCCAACAGAGGAUAGCAUCCCAAUAGAGGAGAGCGUCCCAGCAGAGAAGUGCAUCCCAACAGAGGAUAGCAUCCCAAUAGAGGAGAGCGUCCCAGCAGAGGACAGCGUCCCAGCAGAGGACAGUGUCCCAGCAGAGGAUAGCAUCUCAGCAGAGAAGAGCGUCCCAGCAGAGGACAGCGUCCCAGCAGAGGACAGCGUCCCAGCAGAGGACAGUGUCCCAGCAGAGGAUAGCAUCUCAGCAGAGAAGAGCGUCCCAGCAGAGGACAGCAUCCCAGCAGAGGACAGCGUCCCAGCAGAGGACAGCGUCCCAGCAGAGGAUAGCAUCUCAGCAGAGAAGAGCGUCCCAGCAGAGGACAGCGUCCCAGCAGAUGAGCUUCACCUGGCCCUGAAGCAUCCAUCUGCUGCCAGGCACAGAUGUAGUGGUGAAUGUCAGGUGAUCCAUGAUGGCUCUGAUGGGAGGCUUCUGGAUUCUAGUCUUGGACAGGUGGCCUCUGUACUCCGUCUCAGCUGCCUUUACCACCAUAUUCAUGACAAGGGCAAACAGGAUAACAGAGAUAGUACAGCCAGUUAUGAUCCCUCUCUCGAGCCGGUGCAGUCAGAUGUUAAACUCCCAGAUGUGACUAAGCCUGCAGUUCCCAAAAUAGUUCAGGAUGAAGUCCUUGAUCUUACUAGAAAUAUGAAGAGGAGUGAUGUUUCUGAGGAGGAGGAGCCGUCCAGAUCCAGAACCAGAACUAGAACCAGAGCUGGACUGCAAAUAGCCAGUCAGAGCAGUUCUGUACAAAUGAAUGUUGGCCGUCAGAAACAUAAGAUCAGGAUGAAGGGGACAUUUGAACAUGUGACUGAAGGAGCUGAAACAGGAAGUAGAUCCCUCCUCAACAGGAUCUACACUGCCCUCUACCACAGAGAGGGAAAGAGUGAAGAGGUUAAUACCCAGCAUGAGGUGAGGCAGCUCGAGACAGUUUCCAAGUUGAAGACUCUCCAUGACUCUCCAGUCAAGUGCUGUGACAUCUUUAAAGCCUUACCUGACCAACAGAAACACAUCAGAGUCGUUCUGACUAACGGUGUCGCUGGCGUUGGAAAAACCUUCUUAGUGCAGAAGUUCUGUCUGGACUGGGCAGAGGGUUUGGAAAACCAAGAUAUCAGUCUGGUGAUCCCGCUGUCGUUCAGGGAGCUGAACUCGAUCAAAGAUGAGCAGUACAGUCUUCUAGAUCUGCUCCGUGUUUUCCAUCCAACAUUACAGGAGGUCACAGCAGAUCAACUCGCUGGCUCUAAAGUUCUCUUCAUCUUUGACGGCCUAGAUGAAAGCAGACUUUCACUGGAUUUCAACAAACUUGAGGUUGUUUCUGAUGUCACACAGAAGUCAUCAGUCAAUAUGCUUUUAACAAACCUCAUCAAGGGGAAUCUGCUUUCCUCGGCCCUCAUCUGGAUAACUUCCCGACCUGCAGCAGCCAAUCAGAUCCCUCCUGCAUGUGUUGACAGGUUAACAGAAGUACAAGGCUUCACUGAUGCCCAGAAGGAGGAGUACUUCAGGAAGAGAGUCAGUGAUGAAGAGCUGUCCAGCCGAAUCAUCUCACACAUCAAGACAUCCAGGAGCCUCCACAACAUGUGUCUUCUCCCAGUCUUCUGCUGGAUCACUGCUACAGUUCUGGACCACAUAUUGACUACCGAACAGAGAGGAGAGCUGCCCAAGACCCUGACUGACAUGUACUCACACUUCCUGCUGGUUCAGACACGGAGGAAGAAGCACAAGUAUGCUGAGGGACAUGAGACGAGUCCACAGGAGCUGACGGAGGCUGACAGGGAAGUUCUUCUGAAGAUGGGUAGGCUGGCGUUUGAACAGCUGCAGAAAGGAAACAUCAUGUUCUACCAAGAAGACCUGGAGCAGUGUGGUCUGGAUGUCAGAGAGGCAUCGGUGUACUCAGGAGUCUGUACACAGAUCUUCAAAAGAGAGAGUGUGAUCUUUCAGAAAACAGUCUACUGCUUCGUUCAUCUGAGUGUUCAGGAGUUUCUGGCUGCAGUCUAUUUCUACCACUGUUACACCAACAGGAACACAAAGGUACUGGAGGACUUCCUGGGAGCAGACUUGGAUAAAUACCCAUCGCUGGAGCUGAGGGACAGUGAUGGCAAUGUUCAUGAUUACAGAACCCUAGAUGUCUUCUUGCAGAGAGCCAUGAAGAAAUCCCUGAAGAGUAAAAAUGGCCACCUGGACCUGUUUGUCCGCUUCCUCCAUGGACUCUCUCUUGAGUCCAACCAGAGACUCUUAGGAGGUCUUCUGGGUCAGACAGACAACAGUCCAGAAAUUACCCAGAGAGCCAUCAAUAACCUGAAGAAGAUCAACAUGGAAAAGAGCUCUCCUGACAGAAGCAUCAACAUCUUCCACUGUCUGACGGAGAUGAACGACCACUCAGUCCAUCAGGAGAUUCAAGAGUUCCUGAAGUCAGAGAACAGAUCAAAAAAGAUACUUUCUGAGAUCCAGUGCUCAGCUCUGGCCUACAUACUGCAGACGUCAGAGGAUGUUCUGGAUGAGUUGAACCUGAAUAAAUACAAAACAAGAGUGGAGGGACGUCGGAGACUAAUUCCAGCUGUGAGGAACUGCAGAAACGCUAUACUUUCUAGCUGCAGAAUCUCAGAGACUCACUGUGAAAGUGUGGCCUCAGCUCUGAAGGUCAACCCCUCCCAUUUGAGAAAGCUGGACCUGAGUGACAACGACCUGUAUGGUCCAGCAGUGGAGCUUCUGUCUGAUGGACUGAGGAGUCCAAACUGUAGACUGGAGACGUUGAGAUUACAUGACUGCAGUUUGUCAGAGAAGAGCUGUGCUUCUCUGGCCUCAGCUCUGAAGUCCAACCCCUCCCAUCUGAGGGAGCUGGACCUGAGUUACAACAAACUGGAGGAUUCAGGAGUGAAGCUGCUUUGUGGUUUUCUGGAGAGCCCAAACUGUAGACUGGAGACUCUAAGAUUGAGUGGCUGCAGUUUGUCAGAGAUCAGCUGUGAUUCUCUGGCCUCAGCUCUGAAGACCAACCCCUCCCAUCUGAGAGAGCUGGACCUGAGUGACAACGAGCUACCGGAUUCAGGAGUGAAGCUGCUCUCUAAUCAUGUGGAGAGAACACACUGUAGACUGAUUCUGAGGAUCGAUGACAUGUUGAUCACAGCUGAGAAACAAAAUAAAUAACAGCGUCCCAGCAGAAGACAGCGUCCCAGCAGAAGACAGCGUCCCAGCAGAAG